CCCAUCCCCGCUUCCUUCUCCACGGAUACCCACCCAAUCGACGCCGAAUCGCCCUCCGCCGCCGCCGCCAGCACCACCAGCAGCGCCCGACCACACCCCAAACACCCGACCAAGCACGAUACAGACAGACGGACGGAGCGAUGGGGCGGUCGCCGUGCUGCGAGAAGGCGCAUACCAACAAGGGCGCCUGGACCAAGGAGGAGGACGACCGCCUGGUCGCCUACAUCCGGGCGCACGGCGAGGGCUGCUGGCGCUCCCUCCCCAAGGCCGCGGGCCUCCUGCGCUGCGGCAAGAGCUGCCGCCUGCGCUGGAUCAACUACCUCCGCCCGGACCUCAAGCGCGGCAACUUCACCGCCGACGAGGACGACCUCAUCAUCAAGCUCCACAGCCUCCUCGGAAACAAGUGGUCGCUGAUCGCCGCGCGCCUCCCCGGCCGCACCGACAACGAGAUCAAGAACUACUGGAACACGCACAUCCGCCGGAAGCUCAUCGGCAGGGGCAUCGACCCCGUCACGCACCGCCCCCUCGCCGACGCCGCCAGCAACGUCACCAUCUCCUUCCAGCCCGACGCUCAUCCGCCGCCACCGCAGCAGCAGCUCAGUGAGGCCGCCGAGGCGCCGCAGCAGCAGCUCAAGCCACCCAGGUGCCCCGACCUCAACCUCGACCUCUGCAUCAGCCCGCCCUGCCACCAGGAAGAGGACCAGGAGCUCAAGCCCGUCGUCGUCAAGCGCGAGGUGCUCCAGGCCGGCCACGGCGGAGGGCUCUGCUUCGGCUGCAGCCUGGGCCUCCAGAAGGGCGCCGCCGGGUGCAGCUGCAGCAACAGCCACUUCCUGGGGCUCAGGGUCGGCAUGCUCGACUUCAGAGGCCUCGAGAUGAAGUGAAACAGCCCAACGGAAUGAGCAAUCUUUUUUUUCUCUUCUCUUGUGUUCUUCUUCUCGUUUGUUGGUUGGGUUGUUCUUUCUUCUUUGAUAGGCAGGCAGUUUGUAGGAGGGUUAGUGCAGCAGAGGAUGAGAAGCAGAGCGAAG